AUGGCUCCAAUUCGCCGGUACUUGCGUAUCAGCAAGCAUUCUGUGUUAGAAUGCCGAAUCUACCUGGACAAUCCGUCCGACUCACGAUGGCUCUUGAAUCCACGUGAUCCAGUCCUCUAUCGGAUCUUCGAGGCAAUUCGCCCACUAGUCCUGCCUAAGCUUAGAGAAGAGAAUCGACGGCUGUGGGCUCGAAAAAAAAGCAAGCCUGUGAAAGAUGUCAUUACUCAAGGUAAUUUAGCGUUGCUUGUGGGAUAUCAACUUGCUACUAGGGGGCUGACGUCAACAUCUGACUCUGCAGAUGAAUUCGAGGUAGCCAUCUUUCUUCGCGAGUCCCGAACUCGGCACGCCCUCCUGACCCGGAACAAGAUAUUUCAUACAUCUCGCGGCGAGAACGCCAGGAGCGUGAAGGCUGAGCCUGCAGACGAAACAAUGGGCGAUGUCACUGAUCCUGAUACAUCUGCCGAGGCACCAGUCAUUGUUGACAGUGACGAGAGUGAAGCCGAGAUUGAUCUGAGGAAUAUCCCUGAAGCGACUGGAGAUGGGACAAUCCAUGAUCCCGCCGCCAGUUCAAGGAGUCAAAGAGAUGUUUCCGUGGAAGAUGAAACGACAAAGGAUGAAAAGAAGAUGCGCUUUAACACUCAAUACGAAAGCUUCAAUAUCACGGGAUGGGUCCUAUGUCUGCUCGUCACUCGGAAAGGUGAACGUAUACCGAAUCGCACAGCAUCGACGCCAAUGAAACAGCCACUGAUGGAAGAAUGGAUCUCCAGUCAGGCUCAGACCGGCCUGGAGGAGGAUUGA